GCAGCAGUUUGGGCGGUAGUGGUUUUGCAGACAACAUUCUGUAUAACAGUGGUUUCGCAAACAACAUCUUGGUUAGUGGUGGUUUUGCAGACAACAUCUUGAGCAGUGGUAGUUUCGCAGGCAGCACCUUGGGCAGUAGUUUCACAGACAGCAUCUUGGGUGAUAGUUUUACAGACAGUUUCGACAGUGAUUGUUUUGGUAGCAGUGGUU